AUGGCUUUUGGGCGCACACCAACACUGUUGUCAUUGAUGCUAAGCCAAAUAUUGCAGAAAAGAUCCGGCAAUACCCCAUACAUUCAGAUAGAUAACCAGCAACCCUGCGUGUGGACGUGGUCAAUAAUAGCGUCUAGUCUCUGUACACAUGUAUGCAAGCCGCCAUAUCCGGAUCUGGGGUUGCCGUUCGGCCGUGUCCGUGCUUUCUCCUUCCUAGUUCGUUCAAUUGGCCAUGUUGCACCAUUGAACCAUUCACAACCACACACCAUAUCAAGAAAUGAGGCACCUUUUGUCUUUCUCAGCCGAUCUCCCGUCGUCAACCUGAGUCCCAGUCCAGGACUGCCUUUGGAGGGUGAAGACAUCGUACGAAAUACGCGCAACCAAGAAUUUUAG